CAUCCCCAAGUUUUUCAAGUCAAGUGGUAUGGGGAGCGAGUCAAGAAUGCGUGGUCACAAUCAAGGACAUGGAUAAAGUAACAUACCAAUUCAAGCAAACAGCAUUGACAGUAAAUGAGGAUGUUGAAGCGGUCACGCUAGAAAUCGAGCGCACAAACCCGGCUCCGAGCGCAGCUGUGGAUAUAAAGGUCACCACGAGCGACGGUUCAGCUGUCGGCGGGGAGGACUUUACGGCUUUAAGCGCGCAAAUUGUCAACUUCGGCACGAGUGAUAGGAAGAAAACUAUCAGUAUCCAGAUCACAGAUGAUACUAUCGUCGAAGCAGCGCAGAAGUUUAAGGUUGCCUUAUCCACAGAGGUAUCUGACAUCCGCAUAGGAACUAGAAACGAGGUUGAAAUUACCAUCAUAGAUAACGACAUCAAAGAAUCGUUUGGCUUUAAGUCACCGACGCUAGAAGUCAAUGAAGGUGCAGGGACGGCGGACAUUGUUGUUACAAAGGCCAAUGCAACUCAGUCGGUUACGCUUAAAGUCAACGUUACAAUUACGGAUGGAACCGCCAUGAUGGGCGCCACAAGCCCUGCCGACUAUAGGAGACAACCACCUUAUAUAGAGAUAAUUUUCGAGCCUGCGGACACAUCUAAGACCUUAAGCAUCCCACUGUUUGACGAUGAUAUAGUGGAACUUAACAAAACCUUCACAGUUACUCUCACGACGAAUGAGGCCAGAGCGAAGAUUGGUGACCACUCCGUGUUGAAAGUCAAGAUCGUCAAUGAUGAUAAAGAAAUCUUUGAAUUAUCGCCUACGGCCUAUGAGCUCUACGAAGACACGGGAGAAGUGAAUGUGAGGAUCACAAAAGCAGGGAAAGCUACUCUACCUGAGCACGUGCUAACUAUCCUGCUGACUAGUGUGGACGGAACGGCUACUGCCUCAUCCGGGGAUUUCCCCGAGCUCACCGGGCAGAAAAUCACAUUUGCUCCGAACGAAACAGCAAAGAACGUCACAGUGUACGUGACAGUAGACGACAUACUGGAAAACGAUGAAACAUUCAAGGUCAAGUUGGUUCCAUUUGAUUUGGACACCAAUAUAGGGACAAAUGACGAUGCUAUGAUAAAAAUAUGGAAUGAAGAUAGAGGCAACGUCACCUUUAAUGAGACGUUGUACACGUUCAACGAAGGCGAAGGCGCUGUCUUAAAAUUUGGUUGCAGCGGGAACAACGACAUCGACAUGAAUUUCAAUCUAAAGGCCACGCCUAUAAUGGCCAACAACUCGCUGUCCGAGAAGGCCGAUUAUUCAUUAGCGGACGGCCAAGCUGUGAAAUGCGCACCGAGGGUUUCGGGUGUUACCUACACUGUACCUUUAAAAGACGAUAUGAACGCUGAAUGGCCAGAGACUUUCCAUGUGAAUAUGAGCACUUUUCAGGAUCAUGUCGACUUGUUGGUCACUGAAGCCACGGUGACUAUUGUCGACGAUGUGGAUAAGGUGAACAUCGGGAUCAAACAUGUGGAGUACAAUCUGACGGAAGCUGAUUGCCACAUUGUAGUAACUCUAGAGAAGACGCCAAACACAGAGGUCGAUAUUACCGUCAAAGUUUCUUCGGUGGACAUCACGACAAGCUCGACAGGCUUUCCAAAGCCUCCACCAAGAUCUCCACAGCCCACAUUCCUAAAAAACUACACAUGCUUAUUAAAUACUACAGUCUCGUCCAACACAACAAACACGACAUACUUUUACAAUUCUACAUGCUUUUAUAACUACACCGACACCAGCUAUAAAUGCCCACCUCGGGCCUCAACUAUUCAAGACUUCGAGCCUUACACAUUGAACAUCACCUUUGCUCCUUCUGAGACAGAGCGUACGUUUUUAAUACCUAUGACCGAUGACGACUUUUUGGAAUACAAUGAGACUUUCAAGAUUGUCUUAGAGAGCUUGACCCCGAACAAGACCAAGCCUAUCGUCAAGAACGAGACUAUCAUUACCAUAUACAACGACGACAAUGCAACACUGGAGCUUGUAGAGAGAUCGGUUAGCCUUGAAGAAGGCCAAGGAGCUGUAAAAUUAACCGUGCGGCUUCUCGGGAAAACGCUGAUUCCAGUUUAUUACAACAUAUCAACAAUGAACAGCUCAGCGAUCGACAGUCGUGACUUUCCUCGCGUCGUCAAACAAACCUACAGCUUUGGACCGUCUCCAUCGGGAGAAAGCACUAUGCAGAUUGAAGUAAACGUAACCGAUGAGCUGCUCGUAGAAUAUCUUGAGCAAUUUGACAUCGUCUUAACCACCGAACAGCCGUUCGUGUACGUGGUGGAGAGUAAGAAUACGAGCGAGGUUCAAAUCAUCAAUGACGAUCAUGUGAUGGUUGGGUUCAUCAAUAAUGCUCAGUCUGUAAACGAGUCUCAAGGAUACGCUAAAGUGUGCGUGAUGGUGGUCAAAGGGGAGAGAGAUAUACCCGUCUCUUACAAUGUCAGCACGUACCACAUCAGUACGUCAGUUGGAAGGGAUUUUAUACAUCUCAGUAACUUCACCGUCACUAUUCCGUAUGGGACGAACACCUCAUGCUUCACAGUGACCAUAAGGGAUGAUGACGUGACCGAGCUAGACGAGACUUUUGGCGUAAAGCUUUAUAGUGGGAAACGAAAUGUGGUCAUCGACCAAACACGCGAUACGCACCAGAUCACAAUCCUGAACGACGACAAAGUAACAAUAGAAUUUGAGAUCCCGGAAAACAGCACGGUGACAGAGGGUAACACAACUCUUGUGUCUGUCAUUGUCAGUAAAGGACAAUCUGACAUUCCUUUUUCUGUGCGGCUCACCCCAAUAAACGAAUCAUCGACAGCACACCAAGACGACUUUAACUUCACUGCACUUUUGAUACCCCAGACGAUAGCGUCGCUUCCCGGCAUGCCAGCAUUUCCAGACUGGCAGAUACCAGUCCCUGUAAACGCAUCCCAUAAUAUUUCUAUGGUGUUUAACAUGGAUGUCAGGAAGAUAUCUGUAGCCAUGGCAACUACAAAUGACAGAUUAGUGGAGCCAGAGGAAUGGGUAGUUCUGACGUUAGGGAGAUUCGAUCCUUCACGAGUUGCCUUCGGCAAUAAUACAUCGCUAAAGCUUACCAUUGAGGAUGUGGUUUAUCGAGAGCCACAGCCCCAGAAAGUUGAAGAAGUAAAAGAUGAAACAGUGGAUGUUCCCAAAUUGACAGCGAUAUUGUUCGCGGCGAAUGGCGUUGCUUUAAUCGUUUGUGUAGCGGUCAUAGUUGCUGGAUGCCACAUCUUAAAAAGGACCAAUACCCAUUAAGCCUAAGAGAGUAAUGUAAUCUGCAGUAUCACAGAACUCGUGUAACAUAAUCAGGGGCGGAUCUAGGGGUGGGCCAAGCGGUCCUUGGCUCACGUAUUUUCAGAUAUUUGGCUUAAAAGUAACAAAAAAUAUAAGGAAAUCCAUGGAAGAACAAUGAAUCCGGCCCCCUCUUUCUUGACAACCUAGCAUCGCCCACUCCACCCCCCACCCCCAAAUCUUUUUUUUUUUAACUCCCGGAUCCGCCCCUGAUGGCCUCCCAAUGUCUCACAGUAGAAUACCACGAAUAUCCUUGUGCAACAGCAUGGUACUUGGUGACUUCCACAGAGCACAAUAAUGCAAUAGACGAACUCGCAGUCUUAGCUCAGGUGUUCUUAUCGGGUUUCCGGUGGUUUUAUAUGAACGGCGAGAAAGCGCGGGAUCUGGUAUAGGCCUUCUUAACUAUUCCAUCCACAGGAAACAGAUAGAACGCCGGGAACUAAUUUCAAGCGUAUCCCCGGGUUGAGUGGGGUCUUUGGUGGAUCGAAAACUUUCACUCGGUCGAACUUGUUCGCUUCGCUUAAAACGUUUCGCUGCGAAACUCGGAGCCUCUGGUACCCAGGGCCUCGAGCGUUGUUUUAUUUAGUGACUAGAGCUAAGUUCUGGAGCGCGAGCAGCUCAUCGCAUUUGCGCAAUUGCGGCCUGUCACUAAAUAAAGCGGGCACUCGAGGCUCUUGGAUCCAAUGAAGCAACCGGAAGUAAAUGUGCACUUAUGUAGAGUCGCAAUUUGCAAUAAAGCUGUAGCAAUUUGUAAUAAACCUGUCGCAAUUUGUAAUAGCCGUUGCAGUUUUUAAAACCUAUCGCAAUUUGUAAUAAACUUGUCGCAAUUUGUUAUGAACUUGUCGCAAUUUGUAAUAAUCUUGUCGCAAUUUGUAAUAAGCCCCUGUCGCAAUUUGUAAUAACCAAAAAUUAUUACAAAUAGGCCAUUCCAGCUUUAAGCAUGCGCGCGCAAUCACCAUGGAAACCUACCUCAGCUACCGGCAUGAAGCGCGAGAUGUAAGCUUAAAAAAGCGCGCGCUGCAUUCUGGUAGUUGAAGUAGGUUUCUAUGGUUAUGCGCGUGCAAACUUAUAGUUGGAAUGGCCUAUUGCGACAAGGGUUUCUUACAAAUUGCGAUGGUUAUUACAAAUGUGUAGAACACAUUAGUAGUUAGUAGUUUUAGUAGCAAAUAAAACAUAAAAUAAAACAAAGUUUCACUUUA